GGCCGAACCAAACCAAUCAAAGCACCAAACACGAAACCUAACCCCAAAGACAAAACCCAUAACUUUUUCCCCUUUCUCACCAAAUCCCCACAAUCCCCUCAAAACCCUAACCCUAAUUUAUCUGUAAAAUCAUCCGAUUUGAAUCGGUGGUGUGGUUGAUUCGUUCGGAAUUUAGAGCCGAGAGAGAUAGAGUGAAGGAUGUCUGCGGCAGUGUGUGGAAGCAAGAGGUCCUUUUUCGAAGAGCUUCCUCCAUCGCCGCCUCUCUCAAAGAGGCUUCGCUGUUCUUCUUCUACAUCUCCCAUUCGCUUCUCUGCUCCUUAUCUUCUCGAUCAGCUUCGCUCUCUCUUCCCUCAGAUGGACCCUCAGGUUCUUGAGAGAGCAUUGGAAGAAUGUGGGAAUGAUAUAGAUGCUGCCGUCAAGUUGCUGCAUGAGCUUCGCAUAGGAUCUGCAGAAGAAAAUUCUGCCUCUGCUGCAGAACAAGAUGAUUCGGUAGCUCAAGCAGGUAUAUUGACUAAUGAUGAAGCUGCAGCUGCUUCUGAGCAUCCAUCAGUUCCCAGCAACCUGCCUGUAGAUGGUGCCGAAUGGGUUGAACUGUUUGUCAGGGAAAUGAUGAGUGCCAAUAGUGUGGAUGAUGCUAGGGCCCGUGCUGCAAAAGUGCUAGAGGUUUUAGAAAAAUCCAUCAGUGCACGUGCUGGUGCUGAGGCAACCCAAAAUUUUCAAAAGGAAAAUAUGCUGCUGAAGCAACAAAUUGAAGGACUGAUAAGGGAGAAUACCAUUCUUAAACGAGCCGUUUCUAUCCAGCACGAACGUCAGAAAGAGUAUGAGGAGCGGAACCAAGAAUUCCAGAAUCUGAAGCAGUUGGUGUCUCAAUAUCAGGAACAGUUGAGAACACUUGAGGUUAACAACUAUGCCUUGACAAUGCAUCUGAAGCAGGCUCAGCAAAGCAACUCUAUCCCUGGACGUUUUCAUCCUGAUGUCUUUUAAUGGAAGGGACCGAAUUUAGCAUUUUGAUGAUAUAGAGUCGGCAAUACAUGCUCUGUUGUGAGCCCGUUUCAGAUUGUGUCUGUUGAAGUAUGCGCGUUUGUAGAUUGAGGCUGCUUUAUGUCUUUGAUAUUCCCAGUCCAGGUGUGUGGCGAUCUGUCAAUCAAUUGUGGAAUCGCUGAACUAUUCGGUUUAUAUUGGUGAAUUUGUAUUUUACAUCUAUGUAGUUUGUAAAAGAUGGAAUUAAACAUAAAGGUGAGAACAUGAUUGUUGGUGGUGCAUAUAGUUGAGCUGCAUUCCUUCUACCGCAAUGCCCGUAUUGACUCCAGAAUGCGGUUUGCACUGCUUAUUGGAGACACUCAGGCAGACGCUAAAAUUCCAUGCAGUCUCUGGCUCGGUUCUGCCACCAUCCUCUUUAGCUGGCUAAAUGUGUUCAUGAUGUUUGGAUUUUUAUUCCCAUAUAUCUUAGUAAUAUGCAUGACUCUAUUUCCCUGUAGAUUCUCAAUCAAUUGCUGGUACAAACCUAGUUUUGAGAACCCAGUCCGGUGGGCUUAAUAUUUGCCUCAUGUAUUGUUGUUUUUACUGCCAGUUUUUCUUUCUUGCUGGUGAACUAUUAUUUUUUGUCCUCGAGUUUUAACGAGCUUUGGUUUAUUCCA